AUGGCCAACUGCAGGCGAUUGCUUCUGCCUCUGUUAUUAAUCCUUUGCGUCAUCUCCGCCUCUGCCCAGCUGCCUUUGAAUGUUGACUGCGGAACCACCGGCAAAACUGCGGGAUACUUGAGCAUGACAUGGGUCGGUGACGAACAGUAUGUAACGUCGGGCCAAUCUGCGACGGUGCGGAUCGACCACAACCUCAUACCGCCACUCACUACUCUCCGGUACUUCCCUCAUCAGAGAAAAAACUGCUACUCCUUCCCUAGCGUGGGCCAAGGCUUGAAGAUCCUUGUUCGCGCUUGGUUUUAUUAUGGCAACUACGACGGCUUGUCCUCUCCACCAACAUUUGAUCUUCUUUUCAACGGAAACAGCUGGGGGACGGUGUUUCUUUCGGAAGAUAAUGGUUCUGCAGCCUUUGAGAUGGUCUACGUCACCAAAGUUGAUGACAUUAGUGUUUGUUUGGCUCGUACCAAGCCCACCAACGUUCCCUUCAUCAACUCUCUUGAAAUAAAGAAGCUGGAGGAAGACAUGUAUCAAGAAAUGGACAUCAACCGUCCUUUGCAGCUUAUUGGCAGAUACGCCUAUGCAUUAUCGGCCAAUUAUAUCAGGUACCCCGAUGAUCCCUACGAUCGACUCUGGGGUGCUUUUACCAACUAUUCGACCGGGUUAAGUCCGCUGAGGAGGAGUUCUGACCCGAGCUCCGACCUAGCAGACAGACCACCGGCUGCUGUUCUGCGGCAGGCAAUUACGCCAUCAUCCACUCUAGCAUCUAACAUGACCGUCCCCACCCUCAUGUGGUCGACGUCGCCGAAGCCUCAUUACGUUACUUUUUAUUUCGUGGAGAUGUUGCCCAACGCCAGCAGGUCGUUCGACUUCUACUUGGACGAUCAGAAAUCUUAUCCCGAGACAAUCGUUCCAAACGGGACAGUGUUGGAGAUUGGGGGCUCCAACAUGUCACUCUCGACCAGCUCGGUGUUCUCGCUGGUGAGAGCCAAAGGCUCCACUCUGCCCCCUUUAAUAAGCGCGGCAGAGUUCUAUAUAAUCGGUGAUGCUUGGAGCGUCGUUGCAACGGCCAGUUCAGACGUGAAGGCGUUGAGUGAGUUUCAGAAGAGUUAUCUGCAACUCCAGCCAUGGAGCGGCGAUCCUUGCCUUCCCAUGGGGUAUGCCUGGGAAUGGGUCAACUGCAGCUCUGAUUCCAAGCCUCGAGUUACUGCACUGUACUUAAGUGGUUAUGCACUCAGCGGCCCCCUUGCAGACUUCAGUGGCUUGACUGCUCUUCAAACAAUUGAUUUGCACAACAACAGCUUGAGUGGAAACAUCCCUGAAUUCCUUGGUGAACUUCCUAAUCUGCGGCUGUUAAACCUGGCUGACAACCAAUUUAAUGGAUCGGUGCCUUCAUCACUUACUGACAAAUCAAGAGGAAUAAUUUUGAACAUAUCAGACAACAACUUCCCAAACAACAAUCAUCCGGGCAACCAAAGUGAUUCCACGAACAACUCAAAGAAGACCAACUGGGGAAUAGUAGCUGGAGCAACCAUUGAUGUGCCAGUCAUUAAUCCCAGACUGACAGUGCUGCCAGAACAGGCGAUCAAGCAUGAAUUCUCUCAUGCAGAGAUAGUGGAGAUCACCAACAAUUUUGAAACAGUCAUUGGUGAAGGAGGAUCUGGCAAUGUCUACCAUGGUCGACUUAAUAAUGGUCUUGAAGUCGCCGUUAAAGUGCUAAAGGAUUCGCUUGAACGAGGAACCAAGGAGUUUGUAGCAGAGGUAAAGCUGUUGAUGACUGUUCACCAUAAAUGCGUAGUGUCGUUUAUCGGGUACUGCGAGGAGGAUGGAAAACUGAUUCUUCUUUAUGAGUACAUGAGUGGUGGCAAUCUAAGGCAGCUAUUGUCAGGAAAGGGUAGCACAUCUGUACUUUUGACAUGGAAGACGAGACUUCAGAUGGCACUCAGUGUGGCAACAGGGUGUUAUCCAGCAAUCAUUCACAGGGAUGUAAAAACAACAAACAUUCUUUUGAGUGGAAAGAUGGAGGCAAAAGUAGCAGAUUUUGGUUUGUCCAAAUUUGGCCACAAGGACGAUGUGACAAUGUUAUCAACUGUAGUUGCCGGCACUCCUGGAUAUAUGGAUCCUGAGUACUGCAGUACUAACAUGGUCACAAAAAAAAGCGAUGUCUAUAGCUUUGGUGUGGUUCUCUUUGAGCUUAUCACUGGAUAUCCUCCAUUGUUUAAUGUGUCAGGAGAAUGUUUUCAUAUAGUUCAGUGGGCAACAUCAAGACUAACUCGAGGAGACAUCGAUGGUGUUGCUGACCCAAGGCUGAGAGGGCAAUAUGAAGUAAACUCCAUGUGGAAAGUUUCAGAUAUAGCAAUGUCAUGCACUGCUCCAUCAUCCGAGAUGAGGCCUCACAUGAGUGAUGUAGUAAACCAAUUGAAGGAGGCCAUUGAAGCAGAGACUUGUUAUCAGCAGAGGACUGGCAACUCAUCUGCAGAGGGUCAACAUUCCUCAUCAUCUUAUGGAUUUUCCAGCUCACAUGUGUCAACUUCAACCUUACCAGUGGCAAGGUAG